CAGCCUGCCCUGGCUGCGACAGGAGGCAGCCGCCUGCCACCCUCCUCCACCCCGAGGCUCACUCGCUCAUCCCUGGGCCCUCCCGCUCCCAGGCCGGGGGGCCACCAUGGCCUGCCAGUCCUGCGUGGUUGGUUUCAGCAGCCUCAGCGGCUGUGAGGUGACCCCAGCGGGCAGCCCCCGGCCUGGAACGUCAGGAUGGGGCAGCUGCGGGCCCCCUGUGCCAGGCUUCAGCUCCCGAAGCCUCACAGGCUGCUGGCCAGCUGGCACCAUCCCGAAGGUGACCGUGAACCCCAGCCUGCUGGUGCCCCUGGACCUCAAAGUGGACCCAGCCAUCCAGCAGCAGAAGAACCAGGAGAAGGAGGAGAUGAAGGUCCUCAAUGACAAAUUUGCCUCCCUGAUUGGCAAGGUACAAGCUCUGGAACAGCGCAACCAGCUGCUGGAGACCCGCUGGAGCUUCCUGCAGGGCCAGGACUCGGGCACCUUUGACCUGGGGCACCACUACGAGGCGUACCAGGGGCGGCUGCAGGAGGAGCUGCGCAAAGUGAGCCAGGAGCGGGGACAGCUAGAGGCCAACCUGCUGCAGGUGCUGGAGAAGGUGGAGGAGUUUCGCAUCAGGUAUGAGGACGAGAUCUCCAAGCGUACAGACCUGGAGUUCACCUUUGUCCAGCUGAAGAAGGACCUGGACACUGAGUGUCUUCGACGGACUGAACUGGAAACCAAGUUAAAAGGCCUACAGAGCUUCGUGGAGCUGAUGAGAACCAUCUAUGAACAGGAGAUGAAGGACCUGGCAGCCCAAGUGAAGGAUGUGUCAGUGACCGUUGGCAUGGACAGUCGCUGCCACAUCGACCUGAGCGGCAUCGUGGAGGAGGUGAAGGCCCAGUAUGACGCCAUCGCAGCCCGCAGCCUGGAGGAGGCCGAGGCGUACUCACGCAGCCAGCUGGAAGAGCAAGCCGCCCGCUCGGCAGAGUUUGGGAACAGCCUCCAGAGCAGCCGCUGCGAGAUCGCUGAUCUCAAUGUGCGCAUCCAGAAGCUCCGGUCCCAGAUCCUCUCGGUCAAGAGUCACUGCCUGAAACUGGAAGAGAACAUCAAGGCAGCCGAGGAGCAGGGGGAGCUGGCCUUUCAGGACGCCAAGGCCAAGCUGGCCCAACUGGAGGCUGCCCUGCAGCAGGCCAAGCAGGACAUGGCGCGGCAGCUGCGCGAGUACCAGGAGCUCAUGAACACCAAGCUGGCCCUGGACAUUGAGAUCGCCACCUACCGCAAGCUGGUGGAGGGCGAGGAGAGCCGAAUGGACUUGCCCUCAGCCACCGUGGUCAGUGCUGUGCAGUCCAGGCCUAGAGUCGCUGCCUCCAAGUCAUUCCACUCCAAGGGCUCCUUCCGGAAGAAGAAGAACCGCAGAGGGCCUGUGAUCAAAAUCACUGAGAUGUCAGAGAAGUACCUCUCCCAGGAGUCUGAGGCCUCAGAUUAA